AUGUCUGAAACCGCUGGUGAGCAGCUUCCAGCCAUUCCUGAGGAUCUGACUCCUGAAUGGCUGGGAGCCAAACUCGGCCACAAGAUCAAGUCGGUUGAGAAUACGCGAAGCAUUUGGGGCACGGGCAGCAAGCUGUUUUACACCAUCGCGUACGAACAUGAAAGCAGCGAUGAGAGGCCGACGCAUAUCUGCAUCAAGGGCGUCUUCGACCCCAAGAUGAUAGAGGAGCAACCGUGGACAGUCAGCCUGGCGCAGCGCGAGGCCGAAUUCUUUGCUAAGCUGGCGCCUACGGUGAACAACAUGAUCUUCCCCAAGGGCUGGUGGAGCAGCACGAGUGACAAGCAGGGCAUCUCCAUCAUGAACGACCUGACCAAGGAAGGCUGUACCUUUCCCCCCGAGGUUGCCUCCUAUCCGGUUGAGAAAGUCAUGGAUGGCGUCGGGCAGCUGGCCGGUCUGCAUGCGCAAUACUGGGGUCAAAGUCAGGAAGAUCAUCCAUGGAUCUGGAACAAUUAUGACCCGGCCAUGAGAUUCAUGUGUACGCCCUGGGACGAAAUAGUUCGAACUCCCGGCCGAAUCCAGCUGCCCGAGUAUCUAAUGGACGGCAAGCGAUGCCUCGAGGCCCUAGAUCGCUACUAUGCUGAGCGUAACCCGCGAUUCCGCACACUGCUGCAUGGCGACACGCACAUCGGCAACGUCUACUUCACACGCGACGGGCAUAUCGGGUUCCUGGAUUGGUCGGCCUUCCACUUCGGGUCGUGCUUCCACGACAUUGUGUACCACAUGACGGCUAUGCUUAGUGUCGAGGACCGUCGCGCCCACGAGAUGGAGAUCCUGGAUCACUACCUGGAGACGUUGCACAGGCUUGGCGGGCCAAAAUUCGAUCGCCACAACGAUCCCGAAGUCAUGAUCGAGUACCGACGGUCCUUCAUGACCAACGUCAUCUGGCUCAUCUGCCCUGAUGGCCUCCAAACUAAGGAGCGCGUUGCUGUCUUGUGCGAGCGCACCGUUGCUACUUACGACGAUCAUAAAGUCAUCGAUGUAAUUCUUGACAGGCCCAAGCCGGCUAUCUGA